CAGGCGUCCGCCAUAAUGUUUCCUUCGAAACGAAUAAUAUAGUUCUUAUUGCUCUUGUAGCAAGCAAUCGCUCUAUUCGCUAUUCAAAAUGGCGACCGUGUGGCGUUCACAGUGUGCGUUUGCACGACUUUUUAUUGGAAAAAUUGCACAAAACCCGAACAACUCUCCUGAUUUGUGUACAAAACUGUUCCGGGGACCAAUAUCGGUUACAUUCAGGAACUAUUCGAAUUAUGCUAAUUCUCCUUUCGUACAUAAAAUAAAGGAGCAAUAUGAAUAUGACGUCAUAAAAAAUCCACCAGAAUGGGCAUACGUUGAGAGGUUAUUACCCUUUGACACAAUACCCGCUGUUUCUCCAAAGAAAAAUUACCCUUCAGGUUGGAUACCACCACGGGAUGAAGCUGUAAACCUGCCUUAUUUUAUAUCAAGAACUAAAAAUCACGAGCUCCCAAUUUACCUCAAUAUAACCUUUAGAGGUAUGCGUAAGAUAACGCAAAUUAAAAAGAUAGAGGGUGAUAUUUGGCUUUUAAAUGAUACUCUUAAAGCUCACUUAAAAGAAACAGCAGGGAAGUAUGUAGAAACGAGAGUUCACGAAUUGGGGAAAUUUAUAGAAGUCAAAGGAGAUUACGUUAAUGUUGUCCGCAAUUGGGCUCAUUCCAAAGGAUUUUAAAAAUGUUUAUAGUUUCUGAAUAAAA